AUGUCACUGGCCGCACAAUUCUCGCCGCCGAUCACCGGAAUAACCAGAAGCAUCCGGGAAUCAGUCUUUCCGAUCAAACCUUCACUUUCCACUCGCCGCAUAAUUCCGUUUUCCUCUGAGAUUAGAACGCCGGCGAGGAGUUUUCUGAGAAAAUCGUCGUAUCUGGUGGCUAAAGCAAUCGAACAGAGCCGGGACACGGCGGGAUCUGAAUCGGAAUCAGAGGCGACUCCGUCACCGGGAGAGAGGGGAAACGGAGAUAAGGAGGAAGUGGAGAUUAACGAGAUAGGAGCAGAGAUAAAAGCGGCGAUGGAGCAGAGAAAAGCGGCGGAGGAGGAAGGGAAGAACGAGUUUUUGAGUGGAGUUGCGGAGGAAGUGAAAGAGAUUGAGUGGCCGGAGUUUCGGAAAGUUCUCGGAACGACCGGAGUCGUGCUUGGUGUUAUCGCCGGUUCAAGCGUCGUUUUGCUCACCGUCAAUUUCAUUUUGGCUGAACUAUCCGAUCGUGUUUUCAUCGGAAAAGGUGUUCAAGACUUCUUUUAG